UCUCCCUUCUGGCUUCUGCAAAGUUUCAGUCACUAUUCCAAACGUCAAUCACUAUUGUGUAUUCAUGAGUAUAAACCCAAGUUUUAUUCGCAGAUCUAAAAUUUCGUUUUCAGUAUAUCUAGUGUCGAUUGUGCUUUAGUAUUCGGAAUCAGAUGACGAAGAAGCAGAGAGUGCCCGGGGUGCUAUGGAAAUUGUUUCAAAAUCGUGCGUGUACUCUAGCGGAAACCAUACUAUCCCUGAUCCCUCCAAUGUCGUCGGCGCCGGUUCAAAGAAAGUGCAAGGGCAGUGGGCAUUGUCUCCAUUGCUGUCCUGCCGGUGACCGUAUGGCGUUUCUGCUCAGAGAAGACGAUCCAUCCGACUACCGUAAGCUCCUCAAUCAAUGUUUUGUGGUCGUCUCGGAAGUUGCGCCCUCUCCUCCUCCACCUUCCCAUCAUCAUUCUAUUUGGUCCCAACAAGAGAUUGUUACAAGGACCAUUGAAAUGAUGUUAUGUGAGAAAACAUCCACAUCCACAGAAAAUAUGAUAUGGGCAGGUUAUAACAAUAAUUUAAGCUACUUUUAUGAGGUUAUAGCUGAAGUUUUGUUGUCUUCAUGACCUUUACUUUCUUUUUCUCUUCCAACAAAAAUGCUACUUCUGUAUCCACAAAAAAAACCCUAUAUUCAUAUAUUAGUUAGUGCUAAUGACUUGAUAUAUAUAUAUAUAUAUAUAUAUAUAUAUAUAUAUAUAUAUAUAUAUAUAUUAAAGUUGUGAUAAAUUUCAACAGUAAACUGUUGAAAUUUUAUCCAACUAUGGUCCCUGUAAUGUGGUUACAAUUUUUGUCGCCGUUUUAAUUUAUUUAGAGGGGGUGUUUUGUAAAAUGUUGCGAGCACCGUCAACGUGGCGAACAGUGGGUCCUUUAUUGGUAUUAUCGGAUGUACAUGUCAAUUUAUGGAUAUUUGUGUUCCUUUGCUAAACUUCUUUCUCCUCCGUUUCUCCUUCUUUCUGCUCAUUGGUUUCCUUCAUCGACAUCCCUCUUUCUCUAUGUAAGAUCUUUACACUAUUGAAUUCCAGAAAAGAGGGCUUCCCCAUUGUCAUACGUUACCGUGGGUAUUAGCAAAGGACCGUAUAAAAAUUGCGAGUGACGUUGAUAACUAUAUAACAGCCGAGCUACCGGAUCCAGUUAAUGAGCCAGAUUUGUACAACACUAUAACGACCUGCAUGAUCCAUGGUCCAUGCGGACCACUUAACCAAAAGGCGGCAUGUAUGAAGGAAGGAAAAUGCAAAAAACACUUUCCCAAACUGUUUCUUGAUGCUACAUUUUUUGACACAGAUGGAUAUGUACGUUACAAACAUAGUUCUACUGCACACCACACUACUCAGUUUGGACAGAUUGUUGAUAAUGGAGACAUUGUACCAUAUAAAAAAAGACUUUGUUCACAGUUCCGUGCACACAUAAAUGUGGAGUAUUGUGGAUGGAGCAUGUUGAUUAAGUAUCUAUUUAAGUAUAUUUCCAAAGGUGCAGAUCGUGUAAAAUAUACUAUCCAAAAACAGGUAAAUGCCGAUGUGGCAUCCAGCUCAGUGCCUACUGCUGCUCAUGAGAGAGCGACGAAUCAUGAUUGUCGUCCAAUAAAUGAGGUGCAUAAUUAUUUGGAUGGGCGGUAUAUCUGUCCACAUGAGGCAGCAUGGCGAAUAUUGGACUUUCACAUACAUCAUCGAUAUCCACCUGUUCAGGUUCUAAUUGUUCAUGAGGAAAAUAUGCAACAACUGGUGUUCAAUGGGGACAGUUUCAUACCUGAGGUGUUAUCUAAUUCGUAUGCCAGCACUACUACUCUCCUUGGCUGGUUUGAAAGCAAUUCAAGGGACCCUCAAGGUCAUGAUUUGACAUACCUGGAUUAUCCAAAAAAUUACAAAUGGGAUAAGUCGAGUAAAUCCUAGGAUCAGAGAGUUUAUGAAUCAUCAAAAAUGAUAGGCCGCCUUGUAUUCGUACACCCGACCUCUGAAGAGCUGUUCUAUUUACGGAUGCUACUGUGUCACCAAAAAGGAUGUACGUCGUUUAAGGAUUUGCGUACUGUAGCUGUCUAUCCAACUUUCAGAGCUGCCUGUAAUGCACUUCGAUUAAUAGGUGAUGAUGUUGAGUGGUUGACAUGUUUUACAGAAGCUGCAACGUGGGCAACCGCAUCACAACUACGAUCACUUUUCUGUCACCUACUCUUUUUCUGUGAAGUUAGCAAUCCGCUUCUGCUGUGGAACAAUGCCUGCGAUAGGAUGAAAGAUGACUACUUACAUAGCCUAAGCGCUGAAGUACCAGAUAAGGCAGUAACCUCUAUGGCUGGGAUUGUUGAACAGCAACUACUUUAUGAUUUAGAUGACAUGCUCCGGUCCGCUGUGCCAUCUAAAUCAAUGAGAGACUUUGGACUUACUGUUCCGUCAGUCGAUGUCACUGGUGUUCUACGAAAUCGCCUGCUAUUGGAAGAAAUGAGUUAUGAUAAAGAACGGCUACGGAAACAACACAGUGACCUUCUACCAAAGCUAAAUCGCCACCAACGAUUAGUGUACAACAAUGUCGUCUCUUCCAUUGAGAACAACAAACAAGUACUAAUAUUUGUUUAUGGCCACGGUGGCACUGGUAAAACAUUCCUAUGGACGACCAUUCUUUCCUAUUUGAGAUCCAUGGGAAAAAUCGCUUUGGCUGUUGCUGCGUCCGGAAUCGCAUCGCUUUUGUUACCGUCCGGGACAACCGCACACUCAAGGUUCAAAUUACCUAUCGAUUUAAACAACAAAAAAUCAUGUGAUAUAAAAAAGCAUACCUUCCUUGGCGAUCUUUUACAACGAACAACACUCAUACUAUGAGACGAAGCACCAAUGAGUGAUAGAAGAUGCUUCGAAUAUUUGGACCGCUCACUUAGAGAUGUGUUAGACUGUGACGAAAAACCAUUUGGAGGAAUAUAGGUCCUUUUGGUGGUGAUUUCCGUCAGACUCUACCUGUUGUACCAAGGAGCACACGUUCAGAAAUUAUAGGGUUAAGUCUAUCGAGUUUGUAUUUAUGGCCAUAUUUUAAAAUUCACUUUCUGCAUACGAACAUGAGACUUGAACCCUCUAAUACAAUACCCCUCUUUAAUGACUUUAUCUGACUUUGCCACAUGGCUCUUAGCUAUUGGUGAUGGGCAUAUAGGUGUGCCUGAUAAGGAUGACCCACGAGACUCAAGCUGGAUAGAAAUCUCAUCUUCACUCCUAAUAUCACCUUCCCCUAAUUCAUUACAGACCUUAAUAGAUUUCGUGUAUGGGGAUGAUACACUUAAUCAGUCGACUGCGUCACAACUUUUAGCAAGAGCAAUAGUUUGUCCCACAAACGAGUCAGCGGACGAGAUAAACUGUCAAGCUCUCAAAAUGGUCGCAACAGCUGCCAGGGUAUACAAUAGUACUGACACCAUGCAGCCCAUUGGAAAACACACAUCAGAUUUUGAAGACCUCUAUCCAAUCGAAUAUCUAAACCAACUAACUUUUCCAGGAAUACCACCCCAUGAGCUUCUACUUAAGGUGGACUGUCCAAUAAUUCUUUUAAGAAACAUAAAUCAGAAGGAAGGUUUAUGCAACGGUACCAGGUUGAUUGUUUCACAAUUGUUACCAACCGUUAUUGAAGCAACGAUCAUCACGGGCACCUUGAUCGGAAAACGUGUGUAUAUACCACGCAUAAAGUUCAUACACAAGUCAUUAGAUUUACCAUUCGUAUUCUCACGCAAACAGUUUCCAGUUAAAGUUUGUUACGCAAUGACUAUCAAUAAGAGUCAAGGUCAAUCGCUACGUAAGAUUGGAAUCUAUUUGUCACAACCCGUUUUUGCGCAUGGACAACUUUACGUAGCCCUCUCCCAAGCAACAUCACCGGAUUCGAUAAGAAUACUGCUAAACAACACUGAUACAUGUAAAAACAACGAAACAAAAAAUGUCGUUUACAGAGAUUUACUACAAAAAGUUACUUCAACUGAGGUCUACAGUAUCACUCCCUGUCCAGCUUUUGAACAUCACUACUACUUUUCAUUUUAUUCAUAUACAAAUUUAUUAUUUACAGAAUUCCUACUUAUUUUUCUAAUUUUAUAUUCACAUUCAAAUAUAGAGCUUACAUGUAUACAUUUAUUUAGAUUACAGAAUGCAAACAACAAAUGACGACAAUUUCCGAGCUCAAAGCUGAGGGUAUUGGAGGCCCCUUACAGGUUAGAAUACUACACAAAUGGAAACACGAUAUCCGACAAUACGAAACCUGGUACCUGGAUGUGGACAAAUACAUAAGUUCACACGAGAAUAUAUCAUCACAAAAACAGGUUUCAAAUUUUAAUUAUCCGUCAGAUGAAACAUGUACCAACUAUAUUUUUAGUUAUUAGUAUAUUAUAUUCACAUAAACAACCAAUAUGUUCUUUAAUUAAACAUAAUUUUUUACAAAAAAAUACCAUACUAAUUUAUGAACGUUCAACUAAACCAGCUUUCCAGUUUACCAUUUACAAGAAAUUUAAAUUUGUAGAAAGCAGACCCCUUAAUAAUCACUUAUCAGUAUUUACAAAAACCAAUUACUUUCUUGCCCAAAUAAACAUGUGUUAUCAACGGAUCAUGCAAUUAUACAAGAACAAAAAUACAAGUAAUACCAUUGAAUCUAAUGUGAAGAUAAUAUCUUUCUACAGUAGAUGCAAUCCAAAUUCUUGGACAGCAAACAAACUAGAGCUACAUUGAAUCUGUUUUAAUGUUUUAGAAUGUUACAUUAUAUCGGAUUAUAGCUGUCCUAAAUUAGACAAGUAUCAAAAGGUUCUAGAAAACGAUUUCUAUAUUGAUGUUGGUCUGAAGUCCACCAUACAACGAAUUCCAGACACAAUCACAAUUCCAAAAAACCUGGUUUCAAUUCGUAUCAAAGUCAAAGCUGAUUGAACUCGGAGAAGCACCACCAUACUAUCUAGGUAUUCACUGUGCUAUCCAUAUAACCAAAAUAGAAAUAUGCAUUACACAUCGUUUGUAUAGAAUAUUGAACUUCUUUUUACUACUAAAUUAACAAUUUCUGUCAUUUUUUGUUAUUUGGCUGAAUAUCUUGGCUACUGUUACCGACUGCUUUUAAAAAUAAUACAUUAUAACUUUCCAAUAGUUCUUACUCAUCGUUCCCAGCUGCUUAUCGUUUUAUUUUCUGUUAAGCCCAAAACAUGUAUAGGGGGUACAUUAGUCACAUUUUUAAAUUAAAAAACCAAAUGAAAAAUUGAAAAAAAAUUACUUAGUAGCCUUUCUUCCUUUGAUUUCUCAGACUGUCAUAGUUGUUAACCCUGACAACAGCUUAUGCACUUACUUACAAACAGACUUCAUUGACGUUCUUUCGAAGAUAAGAGAUUGCACAAAAGAAAGCAUAUAUAGUAAUUCCAAAGGUUUUUAUUAUGUUUAUUCAUGUAUUAAUAUAAAAUCAUUCCGGGUAAGUUAUUCAUGUAUAUAGAUUAAUGCAAUUUUUGUCUGUUCUGGUAUGAUAUUAAAUUUGCAUAUGUCAUUGUAUCCAUAGUAUUAGAUAUUGUCGGGUGCAUGUUUGGAAGCCUAUUAUAUAUUUAAAUAA